GCACUCAGCGCGCGCGGCUGGCCCUCCCAACAACCCCUGCGUGCGGCCCGUUAGGCCCCUUGGGCUGUAGACAGUUCCCGGCCGAGCGUCUUCGCUUGGGCUGGGCAUCACCUUGAGACGUGUUUGGCGCCACAAGUGAGCAGUCCUGUCCCGGAGUGUCGGUCCUAGCCAUUACGUAACAAAGGCGCUGCGGCGCGGGGGGUAAGGAGAGGGAAGGGAGGCACUGUAUGGCGCUGCCUCGGGCCGCUGGUGAGAAGGGCGGUGUGGCUGUGUCGGUGGGCGUGACAGGACCUGGGUUUGGAGCCGGACUCGGAGCGGUUUUGAGCUCGGGACUGUUCUGGCCUCUGUGGAUUCUACUCCCCUGGCAAACAAACCCCAAGGAGGACUUACCAUUUCUUGAAUUACUAAAUCAUGGCCCGGGCUGUUUCAUUUCUAAACCAGAUGUGAUUUCCUUAUUGGAACAAGGAAAAGAUCCCUGGAAAAUUAUGAAGAAAGGAAAAAGACAAUAUUCAGAUUUGGAGACCAGGUGUGAGACCAAGAAGUUAUCUUCAGAAAAUGACAUUUAUGAAAUAAAUUUAUCCCAGUGGAAGCUAAUGGAAAGAAUUAAAAACCAUGGCCUUAAGGGCCUCAUUUUAAAAAAUGACUGGGAAUCCAAAAGAAAAUUUGAAGGACAAGAGGGACCUCAAGAGGGAUACUUCAGUCAAGUGAAACUCACAUCUGAAAAAGUAUCCGCUUAUCAGAAGCGCACAUCUGUGACUCCACGUCAGAGAAUUCAAUUAGUGGAGAAACCCUAUGAAUGUAAAGAAUGUGGGAAGGCUUUUAAAGUACGACAGCAACUUACUUUUCAUCACAGAAUUCAUACUGGUGAAAAACCGUAUGAAUGUAAGGAAUGUGGGAUGACCUUUAGACAAACUGCACACCUCACUCGACAUCAGAGACUUCAUUCUGGAGAAAAGCUCUAUGAAUGCAAGGAUUGUGGGGAAGCUUUCAUGUGUGGCCCAGAUCUUCGAGUACAUCAGAAAAUUCAUAUUGGUGAGAAGCCCUAUGAAUGUAAAGAAUGUGGGAAAGCCUUCAGAGUUCGAGGACAACUUACUCUCCAUCAGAGGAUUCAUACUGGUGAGAAACCCUAUGUAUGUAAAGAAUGUGGGAAGGCCUUUAGACAGUAUGCACACCUUACUCGACAUCAAAAGCUUAAUAUUGCUGACAGACUGUAUGAAUGUAAAGAAUGUGGGAAGGACUUUUUGUGUGGCUCUGGACUUAGAGUACAUCAUAAACUUCAUACUGGUGAGAAACCCUAUGAAUGUAAGGAAUGUGGGAAGGCUUUUAGAGUGAGACAGCAACUAACACUCCAUCAGAGAAUUCAUACUGGUGAGAAACCCUAUGAAUGUAAGGAAUGUGGAAAAACCUUUAGUCGUGGUUAUCAUCUUAUUCUCCAUCACAGAAUUCAUACUGGUGAAAAACCUUACGAAUGUAAGGAAUGCUGGAAGGCUUUUAGUCGUUACUCACAACUUAUUUCACAUCAGAGUAUUCAUAUUGGUGUUAAACCCUAUGAUUGUAAGGAAUGUGGAAAAGCCUUUAGACUACUUUCACAACUUACACAACAUCAGAGUAUUCAUAUUGGUGAGAAACCCUAUAAAUGUAAGGAAUGUGGGAAAGCCUUUAGAUUGCGCCAAAAACUUACUCUACAUCAAAGCAUUCACACUGGUGAAAAACCCUUUGAGUGUAAGGAAUGUAGGAAGGCCUUUAGACUCAAUUCAUCUCUUAUCCAACAUUUGAGAAUUCAUUCUGGUGAGAAACCCUAUGAAUGUAAAGAAUGUAAGAAGGCCUUUAGACAACAUUCACACCUUACCCAUCAUCUGAAAAUUCAUAAUGUAAAAAUGUAAGAAAAUCUUAUCAGUACUAUGUUGUAGAACAUUCUAUGAAUGUAAUAAUCUCUUUUGCUUCCUAAAUGUAGCUGACUUGGCAUGUAAGGGGUUUUAUACCAUUAAAAGGCUAUGUUGAUAUGUUCUACCAUCACUUCAGCACAUUUGUUAUAACUGAUCCUAUUAAUAUAACGAUGUGGGAAAGAUACUUAUCUCUAUCCCAUCACUUUUUUCUUUUGGUUAUACUGAAGAAAACACAACUGCUCUGGGCGGAAGUUUCUUCUUUGUAAAAUGAUGGUAUAAAACUGUAGCAAAAAUGGAUGCAAAUUCUUGACAUUGUUCCCAUUAACAGAUGGAGUCCAUAUUUCCUCCCUUGAAUAUGGGCAGAGUCUGUGACUGCUUUGUCCAGUAGAACAUAGUAGAAGUACUUCUGUGCAGUUUCUGGGUCCAUGCUUUACUGUUAAGGUUACUUCGUCUCUUAAAACACUUUCUCAAGCUCUGAACUGUCAUGUAACAAAGUCUAGCAAAUGGAGAAGCCCUGAGAUUAUAUAUACAGGGAAAGAUACCUGAUGAAUCCAGUGUUCCAGACAUGCCCUUUAAGACACCAGAUAUUUGAGUGAAAGAGUUUUUGAUCCUCUAGACCAGCUGAUCACCACUGAGUAACCUCAGCUGACACCAUGUGGAAUAGAAGACUCAACCAGCUAAGUCCCUGCCCAACUCCUGAUGCACACAAUCAUAGAAGAAUUUAAAAAUUGGCUGUUGUUUUAAGCCACUAUAUUUUGUUUUAUCAUUAUUCUUAAUAUUACUCUUUUGAGAAUUCUCUUGAAAGACUAUUCUCAGUGGUUAAGCACUCCUGGGUUCAAUCCCUGGUAUCAAAAAAAAAAAAAGACUAUAGAAGUAAUGAAUAUAAAUAUGCCUUCUACCAACAUUUAUCCCUUAUUCUUGUUAAAAUACUGAAAAUGAGAAAUUAUUUUUCUGUUUAUUAAUAAAACAGGUAUUCUACAAUCUACAUUCUCAGGUCCUAGUUAAUAUUUAAUUAAAGGCUAACAAAAGAUAACAUAAAAGGAAGCUAUUUGUAAAUUUAAACUCACCUGUAUUAUAACUCCUGCAUUUUUUGCCCCAUUGGAGUUGAGUUUUUUGCCACGUUCCGCAGGCUGGUGUCCAAACUGCUGAGCUCAAGUGAUCCCAGACUCCCAAGUACUGAUUUACAAUUGUGUGCCACCACGCCUGCCUACAUUGUUUGUUUAGUCACUCCUUUGUAACUUAAAAAAAAAAUGCUACAUAGGCUAGUUCGACUCCCUUCAUAUUGGCUUCUGUGUCCUUUUUUUUUUUUUUGACCACUGUAGCCUUUGAUUGCUUUUUUUCCUAACCAAAUGCAUUGAUCAGCUGUGGAGCACACUAGUGCAUUAUUGAUAAAUAAAGGGAAAGACUGGAACAUUUAAAUCUUUCCUUACCUUUAUGAACUGCAUUUCAAAACAACCAAAAGUUGAUGAAGGAUAGUUUAUUAAUAGAGAAUUCUAGCUGGUAAAGUUCAAAGGAGUGAUAGAAUUUGAAAAUUAUGCUUAUUUAUAAAAUAAUGGGUCUUGGUGGAGAUAUCCAUGGAUACAAGACCAUGGGUGAAGGAUUAAUAGAAAGCUUAUGAUUGGUGGUGCUGAAUGGCAGCACCCACUAAUCUACAUUAACAUUUCUAAAUUAGAUCAGCCAAGCUAUGCCUUUCUAGAUGUGAUACAAUCAAUAUACAAAGUAUCUCCUGUGAAAUAACCCUCUCCCCUAAAAAUUUGCUUCAGAAUUACAAUUUAGUCUCUGAAUCUAAUUACCCAUUUUCAGGAAACAUGGAGAACUAAGGAACAGAUUAGUGACACAAAGAAGCAAAUAAGGAAAUCCACAAUUUGAAAAGUUUCCUGAAUUAAUGGUCUAAUUUCUUAACCAAAAUACAUAUCAAGAACAAAAAGAACCAUAAUCCUAUGUCAAGAAUAAUAGACAUAUCAAGUACAGUGUAUGGAACAUAUUGGUAUCCUUGUGUUUUAACAUUUUAAUGUACUUGGGAUUUGUUUUAAUUAGGCAUGGUGAUAGACAUAAAAAUUAUUGUCUUGAAGAAAGAAGUUUAUUCUCAGAUCCUUAAAACUAGUAUUCUAUUAUCUGAAAGGAGGCAUGGCUUGCAUGUAGGGCCAUAUGGGGAAGCACCCAAAGACUUGGGUAAAAGCAGAAAUAGAGAGGAUAAUGCAAGCCCCAAGGCAUUUAUUAGUGAUUUGUUGUUUAUUGUUUUAUUUGGGGGGAAGGAAUGGGUAAGGCAGGCUAGACACUUGAGUAAGUUUAGGGUGGAUAGUUUGAUAAUUUUGGCAGAUUCUGUGCUACAGAGGUGAUUGCUAGUUGUUCAGUACCUGGCCCUAGGGUAAUUUACAGCUGGGGAGUUUUGAUGUGGUAUAUAGUUUGAUAAAGCAUGGAUGGGAAUAUGGGCUCUGGAUUGUUUGAUUUGUAUAUCAAAGAUCUACUCACAGGGGAACUAUUGCUAUCUAUGCAUUAGCUAGUCUUGGGAGGAGUCUUCAGGAUCAAGGCCUGAACUGCCAGAGCAUUAAGGGUACAGAAAAUGUAGUCAGUCCAAUCCUGAUUUGGACAAAUUAGUGACAAUGUUUUUAUAUAUUGUGUAAAUAUAACCAUGGAUUAUGUAUUAAAUGAUACUAAGCAAUUGUUCAUUAUGUUAGGCAUUAUGUUGGCAUUAUGGGUGUGUGUAUAAAUAUGUGCUAGAGAUCUAUACUGAAGUAUUGAAGGGUAAAAUUAUGUCAUGCCCUAUGAUUUGCUUUAAAAUGUAGUCAUGCAUCACAUAAUGAUUUUUCAGUCAACAGUGGGCCACAGGGCUGGGGCUGUAGCUCAGUGGCAGAGCACUUGCCUCACGUGUGUGAGGCACUUGGUUCUAUCCUUAGCACCACAUGAAAACAAACAAAUAAAAUAAAGGCGUUCUGUCCAUCUACCAAAAAAAAAAAAAAGUUGACCAUAUGUUCAACAUUGAUCCCAUAAGAUAUUAUCACCUAUUAUCUUAAUGUCAUUAAUGUAAUGUCAUUAAUGACAUUAAUGUAAUAUCAUUACCCAUCUUAGGUGUCAAAGUAGACUCUGUGAUGUUUGCAUAACAAUGAAAUCACCUAAAGAUGCAUUCCUUAGAAAGUAUCCCUGUAAGUAACUGAAAAUAUGUGGGAGGAAUAGAUGAAACAAGAUUGGCAAAAUGUUGCUGUGUUAUUUCUUCAUAAAAGACACACAGGGUUCAUUGUGCUAUUUUUACUAUCUUUACAUAUAUAUUAAAAUUUCCAUAAUAAAAAUUUUAAGGUAGAGAAUCAAAUCUGAAGUGUUAAAAUAUUUAGAGAUGAAUAAUAAUGUGUUGCCUACAAAUGAAAAUUUGUGGGAAAUCACCAAAGCGCUACUAAAAGAAAACCCCAAACAAUGCAUUUAGAAAACCUGGAUUGAGGCGGGGAAAAAAAAGAAGAAAACCUGGAUUGAGGAA